AUGUCCGGGACAGACUACAACUACGAUGAGCAGGGACAAUUCUUCCCCUACUUCAUCCUUACGAUCACGACACUGGUCACCAUCCCCGCCACAAUCUCUUUCUUCAAACCGAGCAAAGAGCUCGAGAACACGGGAACAACACUCGAAUCAGACUUCACACCCGAACAUGCCGACCUCAUCCAGGGACAGCGCAAGAAGCAGAAGCGAGCAGAGCGGAAGACGAAGCGGGGGAUCCUGAUGCUUGGUGGCUGGUCGCUCAACGCGCUGAUGAUCUAUCUGAUCUACGUUACGGCACGGACAGUCACAAAGAUCUGGGAUCCCUACGAGGUUCUCGGUAUCUCCAGGUCAGCAGACGAGAAGGCGAUCAAGAAGCACUACCGAAAGCUGUCGAUUGUGCUGCACCCCGACAAAGCGCGCGAGGAUCCGUCGAAGAACAUUACGAUACAGUCCAUCAACGACCACUGGGUAGACGUCACCAAAGCGUACAAGGCGCUCACCGAUGAGGAAAUCCGUAACAACUACAUCCAGUACGGUCAUCCCGAUGGCAAGCAAAGCUUCAGCAUCGGUAUUGCUCUCCCCCAGUGGCUAGUGACGGAAGGCUCGGGCAAAUACGUCUUGCUUGUCUACGCAGUCCUACUUGGUGUCAUCCUGCCUUACAUGGUUGGAAAGUGGUGGUACGGGACACAAAAGUUGACCAAGGAGAAGGUUCUCGUCGCGAGUGCUGGCAAGAUCUUCCGCGAAUAUGACAACGAGCAGGGCGAGACUGGUGUCAUUGGAGCUUUGAGCACAGGAGAGGAGUUCAACGAAGUCUUCAGCGGCCACAAGGCAGAGAACGGUCUGUCCAAGCUAGAGCAGAAGGCCCUCGGCGAACCGGGCUCGGUCAUUGCGCAAGUACUCACCAAGAAGGACCGUCAAAAGCUGGAUGACCUGGAAGAUAGCCGAAGACGCAAGGUUCUGACACUGCUAUGGGCAUAUCUCGGCCGGAUUGAGCUCGAGGACGAGACUCUGAACGAUGAGAAGUUCGAGGUCGCUCCCAUUGCCAUCCGUCUGAACGAAGCCUAUACGUCCAUCGCACUUGCCUACGGUAGCACCAAGGCUGUUCUCUCCGCAUACCACACAUCGCAGAACCUGAUUCAGGCAUUGCGACCCGGCGCUUCUCCUCUGGAACAGCUGCCGCAUUUUACACCCGCAAUUGCGAGCGCAGCCGAGGCCGAGCACGCAAAGACACACUUGACCAUCCAGGAGUUUAUGAAGGUACCCGAGGGACAGCGCAGGGCGCGCAUCGGUGGUCUUCUGUCGCAGGAACAGUACAGCACAGCCAUGUCCGUAGCGUCGCGGAUACCCGUCUUUACCGUGGAGAAGGCCUUCUUCAAGGUUGUAGGAGAGCGCUUUGUCACACCGAGCAGCUUGGUUCAGUUUGUCCUAAAGGGCCGCUUCAUCGCAUCCGGUGCCUCUGAUGUUCCCGAGGUCAACCCCAAGGACCUGCUCGACAUUGACCCCGAGGAAGGUGACGUCGCCGCCAUCACUGGCCGCAAGAACGACCGCUCCGGCGAGAAGCCCAUUCAGCCUCCUCUCGCACACGCACCAUACUAUGCCCGCGACCACGCACCUAGGUGGCACAUCUUCCUCGCCGACAGCAAGCAGGGCCGCAUUGCAGUCCCGCCUUUCACCUUCUCCACGUUCGACAAGGCCAUCCUCGACGAGAGCGGCAGCCCCACAUACAAUGUCCAAACGCUUAAGAUGCAGUUCGGUGCCCCACCCCAGGCCGGCAGCUACACCUUCGUCAUGCACAUGAUCUGCGACAGCUAUAUUGGCAUGGACACAAAGAUGGAAGUCACGCUUGUUGUAGAGGACGCGAGUAAGGCCGAAGACGUUGAAGAGGAGGGAGAAAUCAGUGAGCCUGAUGAGGACACAAUCGCUGGCCAGAUGCGCGCCCUCAAGGAUGGAACUCCUGCACCCAAGAAGAAGAGGACCGAUGAUGAUUCCAGCGACAGUGAUACAGAAGGCGACGUGGAGUCAGAGAGCGAGACCGAUACCGAUACCGAUUCAGACGACGAGUAG